CCUCUGAGCUGUUUAUACUUUUAGGCCUUCGUUGACUAUCUCCGGAUUUAACAAAAAGUGGAAAUAUCAACCGUUACAGAUGGAGAAAGAUCAACUGAACUUUGUAAGGCUCCAAAACUGGAUUGCCCAAUUAAGUUUCCACUGACGCCUGCAAAUACAGCAUGGCAGAGGUUCAUUCUGAUUGCCAGAGACAGUUUCAGGCAGCUGUCUCCGUCAUCCAGGCCUUGCCAAAAAAUGGUGCUUACCGUCCGUCCCAUGAGAAGAUGUUGAAGUUUUACAGUUACUACAAGCAGGCAACUGUAGGCCCUUGUAGUAUUAGCAGGCCUGGCUUCUGGGAUCCUAUUGGACGUGUAAAAUGGGACGCAUGGAAAGCUCUGGGGAACUUGUCGAAAGAAGAAGCCAUGAUGACUUAUGUCGAAGAGAUAAAGAAAACAGCACAGGAGGUUAUUGAUACGAUGUCAGGGACAGAGAAUGAGGAGCAGCACUUCCACCUGUUUCAUCCACUAUAUGAAGUUGUUGAAGAUAUGCCCAGACCUCCAUCUUUUUUCCAUAAGAAGGUGUCAGGUGAAGAUACUGAAACUCCCCUGACGUCGACACCAUGUGUUGUGAUGAAUGGUGUGCUGAGCAACCAUGAUAGCAACUUGGUAUCGGAGGAUUUGAAUGAUGAGGACAAAGGCCUUGUAACAAACAAAAAAAUAGUUCGAUUUCAGGAGAAUGAGGUCAGCCAAAAUGGUGACAAUAACAGUGAGGCACAUCAGGCCCUUGGCAUUUGUUCAGAAAAUGGUGAUCCUCAUCCAGAGCUAGGGAUCUCUCAAUUGGACACAGUAGAGGAAACCAUGGGGAGACUGCGAGUUCAGGAACAUCCCCUGAAGCUUCAUGACAUUACAGACAAUGCUGGCAACAAUUACACAGGGGAAAUAGCUGAUCCGAAUCAUUUUACAAGCGAUUCAGAAAGUGAAGUGUUCUGUGAUUCUGUUGAAGAACUGGACCAUGAGAGGAUUUCGGCAAUUGAGAGCAGCGUGGCUGUUGCAGAGCAUUCCCGAGAUCUGCAGAAUUUACAGGAUGUCGGGUCCACGGUAUUGCUGUGCAGUGCUAAUGUUUCCACUUGUACACCAGAUGCUUACCAAAACACAUCUGACAAUUUCCCUCCAAACCAAGAAACACAUGAAUGGGCAACUAAUGGUGGUGGAGGGAUUGCACUGGUCGGAGGGAACAAUAAGAAGAAAAAGAUAACAACAUUUACAAGUCCCUUGUCUGAAUGGCUGCCUGAGGGGAAAGGGCUGCAGCAGGUUCAAACUGGAAGCUCAUGGAGACUAAGAAGCAGCCCUGGCAGCAACAAAGAGGACAACGAAAGAAGGGGGCACAGAGAAAAAAAUGUGAUCACUGUCAAUGAUAAUAGUGUGAGAAUUCUUCAUCAUCUAGAAGAGGACAUUCAGUCUGCAUUACAGAGACUCAAUAGGCUGGAAGACCUGACAAUGUCGCAGGUGCAAACAGCUGGCCUGCAACUUCCUCAGUUGAAAAUAUCCAGGCAUAAGAGAGUUUCCAGGUGGCUGGUUGGUCCAUCCGGACGUACAUGGCUGUUUCUAAUUGUGUGGCCUUUCAUUGCUCAGUGGAUAGUGCAUGUUUUUCUUCGCAAAAGAAGGAGUUGAACAUCUGUGGGAUUGACAGGGUCGAUGUAGGAAGGACCGCUCCCCUGGCUGGAGAGCCUAGAACCAGGGAAGACAGUUUCGGAAUAAGGAGUACACCAUUUAGGACUGAGAAGAGAAGGAAUUUCUUCACUGAGUGUGUUGAAUGUUUGGAAUCAGCCACACCAGAGGACCCUGGAGAUUCAGUUGUUAACUAUGUUCAAGACAGAGAUCAAUUGAUCUCUAGGUAUUAAUUAUAACAAGGAAGAUGGGGAAAGUGCCAUUGAAGUAGAUGAUCGACCUUGAUCUGGUUGAAUAGUGGAGCAAGCUCAAAAGGCUGAAUGCUCCAACCCUGCUCUUUGGUUCUAUUGUCCCUGUUUGCAAGUGUGAAUGUUUUCAAAAGGUCUCUGAAAAGUCUAAUUUGAAAUCAGGUGCCUGUCUCUUUCGUUAUUGUGAAGAUUGUUUGUUUUUUUUUCAAAAAUGAUUUCCGUUAGAAUCUUUCGACAUGGCCUCUGUGUCCUGAAUGAUUUUCCCUGAGAUGACAUUUUACCUAUGUGUCUUUUGAUUCUCUUUAAAAAAAAAUAGUGAAACUCUAAAUAUAAUAAAUAUAGCAACAUGUCAGUUCAGGCCUUACUGAUUUCAGUUAUCCAGUUCUUUUAAGCCCAUUUUAUGACCUUGGUGUGUAUUGCCUGCGUGAGGCAACUUUGCUGUUUUAAGAGCAUCCUGACCUAUCUUUUAAAAGAACAGUAUCAUGUGCAAGCAAUUAUCAAUUGAUUGUCACUAAUUAAAAUAUAUUAGUAAGUUGUCUAAUAGUCCUGUACUUAAAAGCAAUAUCCAGUUAGAAUUAGGCCAGGUUUGGAAAAGGAAACUAUAUAUUGGCAAAGAGCCAAAAGCUUUAAAUUUGAUAAUCAACUGUUAUUGUAUACUCAUUCAUUUUGCAGUACAGUUUAUUCUUCAAUUCAAAAUAGUUUACUUCAUAUGUAUCUAAUAAUUCAAUUUUAGUACAGUCUUGCCACAUUGCUUGACUCAAAUGAUUAGGUACUUUAGCAAUUUUAGAACAAGAAUGACUGAA